AUGUCAAACAAUAAUAAUAAUAAUAAAGACUCAAAGUUGAAUGCACUUGAAAAUAGUAAACAAUUAAUGUCAUUGUUGAAGCACCUCAAGGUACAAGAACAAAACCAUGCAUUCUGGGAUACUCAACCAGUACCAAAGUUGGAUCAAGUCAUUGAAAAGAAUGGUCCAAUCGAAACAAAGACAUUGGAUGAUGUUAGAAAGGAACCAUUAUCAUUACCACCUCAAUUUGAAUGGUCUACAAUCGAUGUUAAUGAUCAUGCUCAAUUGAUGGACGUUUAUACAUUGUUAAAUGAAAAUUAUGUUGAAGAUGAUGAUAAUAUGUUUAGAUUUGAUUAUUCAGUAGCAUUCCUUAAAUGGGCAUUACAACCACCAGGAUACUUGAAGCAAUGGCAUAUUGGAGUACGUGUAAAGGAUAAUAAAAAGAUGGUUGGUUUCAUCUCGGCCAUCCCGGCCACCGUCGUCGUCGACAAGACCGAGAACAUCAAGAUGGUAGAGAUCAACUUUUUGUGUGUCCACAAGAAGUUGCGUGAGAAGCGUCUUGCACCCGUAUUGAUCAAGGAGAUUACACGUCUUGUCAACCUCGAAAACAUAUGGCAAGCAGCCUACACGGCCGGUAUUGUGCUCCCCAAGCCAGUGGCCACCUGUCGUUACUACCAUCGUUCACUCAAUCCCAAAAAGUUGGUCGAGGUUGGGUUCUCCCAGAUUCCAGCCAACAUCACCAUGUCGCUACUCAUCAAGUUGCACAAGGUGCCCGAAGCCACCAAACACGCAUUCCGUCCCCUCGAGAAAAAGGAUGUCCCGUCAGCCACCCUACUCGUCCAAAAGUACCUCUCCAAGUACUCGCUAGCUCCAACCUUUGACGAGCACGAGAUCUGGCAUUGGUUUGCACCUCUCAAGAAUGUCAUGGACUGUCAGGUCUUGACCGAUGCCCAAGGCAACGUCACCGAUCUCUUUUCCUUUUACACGCUUCCCUCUUCGAUUAUCAACCAUCCCAAGCACAAGAACCUCAAGGCUGCCUUCAGCUUUUACAAUGUUGCCACCUCUAUUCCAGUGGCCGAAUUGAUGCAAGACGCUCUCACUGUCGCCAAAAACAACGAGUUUGAUGUAUUCAACUGUCUCGAUAUCUUUGAAAACAACCAAUUCAUCAAGGAUUUGAAAUUCGCUCCAGGUGAUGGUAACCUCCAAUAUUAUCUCUACAAUUAUUCUACUCCAACAAAGAAAUCUGCUGAUAUUGGUUUAGUUUUAUUAUAA